UUUAAGUUUAUCUCCAAAUGGUGGUGCUUGAAGACGGAGCCAUGAUGACUACUAAUCCAAAUCAGUAUUUACAACCUGAUUACUUGCAACCACUUCCAUCUUCUUUGGACUCUAAAAAAAGUCCUCUCGCGCUUUUAGCGCAAACAUGCAGCCAGAUUGGAGCGGAUACGUUACCUGCCAAGCCGCUCUUGCCGUCGCUUGAUAAAAAGAAACCAGUGAAUAGUGUUAACAGUGAUAACAUUAGUCGUUCUUCACCCAGUGCGAGUAAAUUGGAUAAACCGCGUUCCUCACCUGAAAGCAAACAUCUAGCUUUUAAACCUUACGAAACCAACGUCAUUACGAAAAAACCUGAGGAAUCUCGUCCACCCUCAAAAGCCAGUUCUGAUAGCUCGGAAGACAAAAAAUCGGGCAAAAGUACCCCAGGAAGAAAAUCAACUCCGCCAACGACGGAAAAUGGAAAGAUCAGCCCUAAUAACGAUCAAAAGUCCUCUUCUUCUGCAUCAUCUGGAACUAGCCCUAUUAUUCGUUCCGGUUUAGAAGUUUUGGGACACGGCAAGGAUCAUCUGGGAGCAUUUAAAAAUUUACCUGGUCUACCUGGAUUCAAUCCCUUGGCUGGACUUUGUUGUCCUCCUGGAAUGGAACAACACUCAAACCCCGCAUUUCGUCCUCCUUACGCUGGAGCGCCAUUGAGCGCUCAUCACGCUGCUAUGCUGGCUGCAGCUGCCACCUUCCCAGGAUCGUCACCAAAUCCUUAUCUUGGAUACGCCAGAGUUAAAACACCAGCGGGUGGUGAAACAUUAGUACCGGUAUGCAAAGAUCCCUAUUGCACCGGCUGCCAGUUUUCAGUCAACAAUCAUCACCUUUUAAUGAGCAAUGGAGCUUGUCCAGCUGGUUGUACGCAAUGCGAACAUCAAAAAUACAAUUUAGCAAUGGCGAUGGCUUUAUCACAACAAGGAGCCGCCGGCAGCAUUCCAUAUCCACAUUUAAGCCGUCCGUAUAUUUGUAGCUGGAUUGUUGGGGAAUCUUACUGUGGAAAACGUUUCGGAAAUUCGGAGGAGCUUCUUCAACACCUACGAAGUCACACGACGGACGGGGCAACUCCAACUUCAUCACCAACAUCACAACCAUCGUUACUGAACCCAUUAAAUCCCUUAUUUACAACCGCUGGACUUCGUGGCGCAUACCAGACGGCACCUUUGAGCCCUCUGUCGGCGAGUAGAUACCAUCCAUACUCAAAGGCUUUACCUCCGAGCCUUUCUCCGUAUGGUGCUUUUAAUCCUGCUUUGGGUCCUUUCUACUCGCCCUAUGCAAUGUACGGCCAGAGGCUCGGUGCAGCUGCAGUGCAUCAGUAAAUUAGUGUAGUGAGGACUGUCGACAUUCUGUGAUAUCAUAAUAGACUUAAAUGAUGUUUUAAGGCGUGAUCCGCCAUGACAAAUUUAGAUAAUAGUGCAAUCUUAAAUUAACAAUAUAAGUUAUUUGUUCCGACGGAGUUUGUAAGCACGUUGGUGACAUGUGGAUUAUAUAAAGACUAUGCACAGCCAAAUGUUUUGUGUCUAUGUUCAAUAUUAACAAAAUAAAUUUCAAAUACAAAUUUAUUAAAACUA